UAUCCUGAUACAUUUAUACAGUAAACGGCGUUUACUACAUUUGAUGUAAACGAGUGGUACCAUUUUAGAAAAGAGAAAACUAUAUAUAUACAAUUUAAAAAUUACUAAACGGUAUGUGUGAUUUUGAAACGUUACUCAUAACAAGUUAUUCAUAAAAUUAUGAAUUCCUCUACUUUGUCAUCUGGAAGUUUGAGCCACUCACCGGGACAAAGAGCUUCGGAAUCUCAGGAUUCAGAACUAACCUCUGUUGGGAAUCAAACUUCGAAAAUUUUGAAUCAAAUGAAAUCCGAGUUACAGGAGCAAAAGCAACAGGAUCGUCUACUUCGAGAGUUACACUUAAAACGCGUUCAAUCAUUAAGGAAAGAAUUGGAUUACAUUAAGGCAACAGAGUGGAGAUACCAGUCAAUUGAUCGGUAUAUCUUAAUUAUUCGAAGCUUUUAAGUUGCAAAUACCUUUUUAUAUACAAUGUUUACGUGAAUUUUAAUGACAAAAAUAAAUUU